UAUAAUUAACAAAUACAACAUUUCUGUCUUGAUAUCGUCAAGUUGUCAAAAAGUCAAUUGCGCGGGGUUCUUUGAAGUCUCGAAAGGCGUUCUUUCAAGUCUAUAUUAUUUGUUGACUCGAAGAAUGAAAUGAUUGGGGACCUCUGUCGACUUGACAUAUUGUCUAUAGCCGGUGUCAAAUUAUGUUAAAAUGAUUUGACACGUUUAUUUAUGAAUCGAACCAAAAAUAUUAAGUAGAUUAUCUUUGUAAGCUUUCAAAAGCUUUGAAAUAUAAAAAGUUUUUAAAAAAAUGACACAGGUCAUUUGGUCAAAUAUCAGAAAAUUGUCAAUGCCAGUCAUCAAAAGAUGUGAAUAAAAGAUAGACAAAUUGAUAGAACCAUAUUCCAAGUCACUGAGCACUAGUACUUGAUAAAUAAGUUUAUUUUAUCAGUAUAAAGAACAUUGGGAAAUUUCAUAUUUUUAGUUAUUAUGAGUGAAAUCAAUUCUUCAGAUAAUGCAACUAGUAUAAAUCCAUUUGUUAUUUCAAGUUUAGCAAAUAAUAAUAAAAGGAAUUAUAAAGGUUAUUUACAAAAAGUAGAAAAAGAUGAGAAUCAAAUUCGACGAAUUGCAUCCUAUGGAGCAUUUCCACAACAAAGUAAACCAGAAGGUAGAGUACUUGUAUUAUAUACUGGUGGCACUAUUGGAAUGAUUAGGAACAAACAUGGUGCUCUUGCACCUGUAUCCAAUGCUUUUAUUAAAAACUUAAGAAGAUAUCCUAAUUUACAUGAUAAAGAAUAUGCUGAUAAAAGAUUUGGACCAAUGGGACCCCUAGUAUUACCAAUGUCUGAUGUUGUGAAUAGAAGAAUAAUUUAUAAUGUCUUGGAAUACUCACCUCUUUGUGAUUCAAGUAAUAUGCGAAUGGAUGACUGGAUUCGAAUUGCACGUGAUAUUAAAGAAUCUUACGAACGUUUUGAUGGUUUUGUAGUUUUACAUGGUACUGAUACAUUAAGUUAUACUGCCUCAGCAUUAUCAUUUAUGCUCGAAGCACUCGGAAAAAUUGUAAUAUUAACAGGAUCACAAAUACCAUUAUUCGAUACUAGAAGCGACGGACUCGAUAAUUUUUUAACUUCAUUAGUAAUCGCUGUUAAUUAUAACAUUCCUGAAGUUUGUGUUUUUUUUGGAACUCGUCUCAUGCGAGGAAAUCGUACUAUAAAAUCAUCUGUUAAUGCAUUCGAAGCUUUUCAAUCACCUAAUACUACACCACUUGCUGUUGCAGGCAUCGAAAUAGAUGUUGAUUAUCGAUCCAUAUUUCGAAUGUGCACCUUGGAAAAAUUUCACGUGCACACAACAUUGAAUGAAAAAGUUGGCCUUUUACGUCUAUUUCCCAGUAUAACUGCGGAAUUAGUCAGAGCGUUUCUUUGCCAACCCAUUGAAGGUAUAGUUUUACAAACGUAUGGUGCAGGAAAUGUGCCAUCGAAUAGAGAAGAUAUAUUAACUGAAUUUAAAGCAGCAGCUGAUCGCGGUAUUAUUAUUGUUAAUAUCAGUCAGUGUCCUGAAGGCAGUGUAUCAUCUAUGUAUGAAGCUGGAAAAAUACUCAUAGAAGCUGGGGUAAUAUCUGGAUUCGAUAUGACUCCAGAAGCAGCUCUCACGAAGCUUGCUUAUGUAUUAUCUAAAUCUGAAUGGGAUACGAAAACAAAACGUAUAAUGAUGGAGACAAAUUUGCGUGGUGAAAUGAUCUCUAGUCGAUCAGAUACUAUGCAAGAUUGGGAUCUAGUUGAUUCAAUCGGUAGAUCGUUACGAAUAAGUUCACCAACAGAAUUCAAAGAGCUUGGCACUAUCUUUUUCCCUGCAAUGUUAAGUGCUGCUGUAUUAGCCAAAGAUACAGCCAAAUUAGAUUCUCUCAAGAGAUAUGGUGCAGACAUUUCGCAAACAAAUGCCGAUGGUAGAACAGCUUUGCAUGUCGCAUGUUGCGAAGGCGAUAUAACGAUAGUUCGUCAUCUUUUGAAAAUGGGAGCGAAUGUACAUAUUAAAGAUAGAUUCAAUCGAACACCCUUAACAGAUGCUAUGGAAUAUGAUCAUCAUGAGAUAAUAAAAUUGUUGGUUCAGUGUGGCGCUCAUUUGCAUGAGCAGGGGCGCCUGAUAGGAGAACGGAUGUGCUGUGCAGCGGCAACUGGCAACUUAGAACGAUUACGAUCGUAUCAUUUUGCUGGCGCCGAUUUCUCGCAGAGUGAUGUCUCGGGCCGCACUGCUUUACAGUUGGCGCUCCAACACAAUCAUCAGGAAGCUGUCCGGUUCCUCAUCGAGCACGGGGCCGAGGCAAAUCAUCCUAAAACAUCGCUGACGUGAGUCUCGGGUAUAUAAUCGCAAUUCCUUGUUGAACUGAAGUCCUGAGCGAUAAUCCGCAAUUUCUAAAAC